AUGCCCCUACGGUUGCUUUGUCUCCAUGGCUGGGGAACCAGCAUCAAGAUCCUCCAGUCCCAAUUGGGACCCCUAAUGUCCGAUCUCCGGCGAGACAAUACUGCUACUUUCCACUUCCUGGAAGGCGAAUGCGACUCUGAUCCCGGCCCGGGGAUUGCUGGUUAUUUCGACGGUCCCUACUACAGCUACUACAAGUUUCCCCGGUCAUUUUCCGACGUUGAUGAUUCCGAUGUUCUGGACGCCUACGAUCAGCUCUACACGGUGAUUGAAGAAGAGGGUCCAUUCGAUGGCAUUCUUGGCUUCUCACAUGGCGGUACCCUGGCUGCCGGGUUCCUCAUACAGCAUGCCAAGCGAUUCCCACAUGAUCCGCCUCUUGUUCGCUGUGCUAUCUUUAUCAAUUCCCUUCCCCCGUUCCGGAUGAAUCCAGGGGAGAAGCCUGUCAUUGACAUGAGUCUGGAAGGCUACUUGUCCUUGCCAACAGUGAGCAUUGCAGGUGCUCAAGAUUCGCUAUUGGAAUAUUCACGGGCGCUGCAUGAGCUCUGUUCCCCGACCUCAGCCUGGAUCGUCCAUUCCAAGGGCCACGACAUCCCGGGAGAUAGAACGAACGUGGCCCAAAUGGCAACCGCCAUUCGUAAAUUGGCCGUCUUGGUAAACUUGCCCACUGGAUGA